CUCUGCCCUGCCCGCGCUGCCGGCAUGGCUCCGCUGCGCUUCUCCGCUAACCUGUCCUGGCUGUUCCCCGAGCUGCCCGACCUCCCCGCGCGCCUCCGCGCCGCCAGCAGCUCGGGCUUCGAAGCGGCGGAGGUGGCCUGGCCGUACACCGAGGCCCCCGAGGCGCUGGCGCGCGCGGCGAAGGAUGCAGGACUGCGGCUGGUGCUCAUCAACACGCCCCCGGGAGAUCAAGAGAAGGGGGAGAUGGGGCUGGGUGCCGUUCCCGGGAGACAGGCGGCCUUCCGAGAGGGGCUGGAGCAGGCUGUGCUGUAUGCCAAGGUCCUGGGCUGCCCGAGGGUGCACCUGAUGGCUGGUCGAGUGCCGCAGGGGGCCGAACGGGCAGCAGUCCAAGGAGAGAUGGAGACGGUUUUUCUGGAGAACCUGCGUUACGCAGCUGAGGUUCUAGCUCAGGAGAACCUCGUGGGACUGCUGGAGCCCAUCAACACCCGCGUCAGUGAUCCCCGGUACUUCCUGGACACGCCCCAGCAGGCGGCAGCCAUCCUACAGAAAGUUGGGAGACCUAAUCUGCAACUACAAAUGGACCUGUUCCACUGGCAGAUCAUGGAUGGAAACCUGACAGGAAACAUCCGCCAGUUCCUGCCCAUCGUCGGCCACGUGCAGGUGGCACAGGUGCCAGGUCGAGGGGAGCCCAGCAGUCCUGGAGAGCUGAACUUCCCCUACCUAUUCCAACUGCUGGAAGAUGAGGGCUACCAAGGCUUUGUGGGCUGCGAGUACCGGCCUCAAGGAGACACGGUGGAGGGCCUGAACUGGCUACAUGCCUAUUGGAACAAGUCAGGCAGCCCGCAGGCUGGCCAAUGAGGCCCUGACACCAACGGAUACCACGCAGAUGCCUCUUGGGGACGGUGAGCGAGCACCCCGAGUCUGAAUUAAAGAUGCCUGCUGACCA